AUGCAGAUAUAUGGACGUGGAUCAUUGAUAAGGUUAAUUCUUACAACAUCGAUCAUUCAGGUGAAUGGUAAGGAAGCAGCAGGUAAAAAAAUAAGUAUAUUAGAUGUAUCGGAUGAGCCUAGCAUAUUUUCGCUAAUGCUUGCUGAACGAUUCCCGCAAAAUAUGGUCACAUGUGCGAUAAGCCAAGAAAUGCCUAAAGUGUCAUUACCAUCAAAUGUUUCGACAUUUAAAUUUGAUAAAUUCACUGAUAUUGAAAACGCGGGUAAAUUCGAUGUUAUAAUUCUGAAGGAGCUGACAAAAGAAUCACCUGAAUUGAUUGGCUUGUUAUCUCAACUGAAGAAAUUGCUCGCUAACAGUGAAGGGAAAAUAAUUUUGAUGGCAAGACCAAAAAGCCCUCCACUGCCUCUUCCAGAGCCAUGCCUGCAACUAUGGCCUAAAAUAGCUCUUACAAGAGAGGAAAUUCUUGCUGCUUGCUCUAAGGCAAAAAUAUUUUGUACGACUUAUUCAGCAAGUAUUCCAAUAAAAGUUGAACGAUUCGACUGGGAAAGCAUUCUUUUCUCUGGAUGUUUUCCAGUUGUAAAAAUCUCACCAAAGUGUACGGCAAAGGAAAUCACUGAAUUUUGCAAGGAACAAUCAGCAAUGAUAAGUUUCGAAGAAAAAAUCAGCUUAUAUCUGCUGCAGUUAACUGAAACAACUUAA